AUGUCCCUCGUGACAAUUCAAGUCACCGAGCUCGUUGACGGAGUUUUCGUCGGGUUCUCCUUCAAUCACGCCGUCGGUGAUGGGACUUCGUUCUGGAAUUUCCUCACUGCCUUAUCCGAAACGUUUCGGGAAAAAACCCCAAUCUCCCGUCCUUCAAUGAACAAACGGUGGUUUUCUGAAGGCCACGGCCCGAUAAUCCCUCUUUCGUCAGAUCAAAUCCCUAGCCGCUACGAAUCGCCAGAGCUACUCGAGUGCUUCUUCCACUUCUCGGCCGAAUCGAUUGCUAAAAUCAAAUAA